GAUUAUGUAAAUUGUUGGUGUACGAGUACUUUAUGUUUCAAUCAAAUCAAAAAAACAAACAGACACACACGAACACAGCCUACAGAAGACGGCAUGAACAGGCGGGUCGCUUAGCCAAAGAAUCGAUGUUUGCCUCUGGACCUUUCGGCUCCUGUUCACACGAUGUUCACACACGGAAACGACACGCCACUUAAAGUGCUGAAUUGCCCCAGUUCUGGCAGCAGGCGCAGCAAGUCCCUCUACAAGCAACAAUUUCUGGAAGGCAUCCGUCCAUAUCUAUCGGACACUCGGUCGGUGAAGGAACAACUCAGCAGACUGCAUCCCAACAGCCAAUAUCUGCUCGAGGCCAUCUAUAUAAACAAUGCAAAUCGACGCUUGCAAGGCGGAGGUUGCAAAAUACCGACCAGCAAGUCCUGGAAACAUGCGGCGAAGCAUAUGAACAGCAAAUUGCUGAUAAAAGCAGAAGGGAAAACAACGCCGGCUACACCCACUGAUGCGGACAUCAUAUUCGGGCCCCAUAACUGCAAGUACCAUGGGAUGCAUUGCUAUAGCUGUGGUUGGGACAGAUCCCGCAUCGAAUGGCUGCACGAUUUGGAGCGACAGCAGCAGCUGCGACAGGCCUGGCGGGAACAGAACAGCCGCAGAACCGCAGUUCUCACCAAGAACGGGAAGUGGCCGAUGAAGCAGACUCUGAGGGAGAAGCGGAAAAAGGGUUGGUGCUCCUGGUUUUGGUGGUGGGGCAGUUGUGGCAGCGCCCCCUCCUCCUCCGACACGGAGAGCACCUGUCAUUGCUAGUACAGUCCAUGAAUUUGCAAUGAUUUGUUUUGGGGAAAAAAAGAGAAGAAAGUUCCCGACUGGUGGUGAGAACUUUGCCGUUGCAAAAUUUGAUUUUCCAAGUGGGUGUGUAACUUUUGAGAGCACCACAAUUAAAUUUGGCCGCAUGGCAGACAAGUGUCGGCGAAAAGUUGGAAAAGGAUGACUCGACUGAGGAGAAGUAUCGGUUCUAGAUGAAAUCAACGCGGCGUAUGCGUAAUAUUGCACAUUUAAUCAAACAAUUGGCAUGUAGGACAGGCAGAGUGAUACUUGUGGUCCCGAAAUGUGCGCCAACAUUUUCAAAAUUAUGUUCCAGUUACUCACACAAUAAAAUGCAUUCAUUUUUCUGUA